UUACCGCGCAGGGUUCGUCGAUGCUGCAGAUGCUCCAAAAUGGCCGAACAAAAACCUAAAGGUUUUAAUCGCCGAGGAGCUUUUAAGCAGAAAAACGUCUUCAAUGUGAAAGACCACCAGUUCAUCCCCAAGUUCUUUCGUCAGCCUACCUUCUGUGCUCAUUGUAAAGAUUUCAUAUGGGGACUUCUAGGAACUCAAGGGUAUCAAUGCAAAGUCUGCUCUUUCGUUGUCCACAAAAGAUGCCACGAAUUUGUAUCCUUCAAAUGCCCAGGAGCUGAGGACCUGAAUGAAAACGUUCCAGUUUCACCUCAUCAUUUUAAAGUUCAUACUUAUUCGAGUCCAACGUUUUGCGAUCAUUGCGGAUCCCUACUUUAUGGUUUGAUCCAUCAAGGCAAAAAAUGCGAGGCUUGUGAGAUGAAUGUCCACAAAAAAUGUGAGCAAGCCGUACCUAAAUUAUGUGGUGCUGAUCAUACAGAAAGACGGGGUAGAAUCCAUCUUAAAGUUUGUUACGAGCCGACAAAAUCGUCCAACGGAGAAGAAAGAGGUCUUCUUCGAGUUGAAGUACGAGAAGCCAAGAACCUUAUUCCAAUGGAUGUCAAUGGUUUUUCUGAUCCUUACGUCAAGGUGAAGUUACUACCAGACCCUGAAAGCAGUAGCAAGAAAAAGACCAAGACGAUUAAGAAAACCCUCAAUCCUGUCUACAAUGAGUCUUUUGACUUUAAAAUCCAGCCAAAAGACAAAGAUCGGCGUCUGUCUGUCGAGGUGUGGGACUGGGACAGAACAUCUAGAAAUGACUUCAUGGGCUCCCUGUCGUUUGGUGUCUCUGAGCUGCUGAAGCAAGGUGUUGAAGGCUGGUUCAAGCUGUUAAGUCAAGAGGAGGGAGAGUAUUAUAACAUUCCCAUCAAUGAGGAUGUAGGUCAGGCUGUGUCUGAACUGCAGAGGAAAUUCAAGUAUUUGAAGACCCAGCUGGAAGAAGAAGAACAGCGCUACCAAGCAAAGAAGGAUCUUGUGGCUGAUCCCAAUGCUAAAAAGUUUAGACCUGAAGAUUUUCAUUUUCUAAAAGUUUUAGGCAAAGGCAGCUUUGGAAAGGUCAUGCUUGCAGAAAGAAAGAAUACAGACGAGGUAUAUGCCAUCAAAGUGUUAAAAAAAGACAUUAUAGUUCAAGACGAUGACAUUGAGUGUACCAUGACAGAGAAGCGAGUGUUGGCCUUGCUGGGAAAGCCGCCAUUCCUUACCUCUUUGUUCUGCUGUUUUCAGUCAAUGGAUCGAUUAUAUUUUGUGAUGGAGUUUGUCAAUGGAGGAGAUUUGAUGUUUCAUAUUCAACAGGCUGGUCGCUUCAAGGAACCUCAAGCAGUGUUUUAUGCUGCAGAGAUCGUUAUAGGACUGUUAUUUUUACACAAGAGAGGAAUAGUUUACAGGGAUUUGAAGCUGGAUAACGUGAUGUUAGAUAGCGAUGGUCACAUCAAGAUUGCUGAUUUUGGGAUGUGUAAAGAAAGCAUGGGAGAUGGCAAGACCACUCGAACAUUCUGUGGGACACCCGAUUACAUCGCACCAGAGAUCGUAGCAUAUCAACCCUAUGGUUACUCUGUGGAUUGGUGGGCACUGGGCGUCUUGAUCUACGAGAUGUUAGCUGGACAGCCUCCGUUCGAUGGCGAUGACGAAGACGAACUGUUCAAUUCUAUUUUAGAACACAAUGUUUCUUAUCCCAAAUCCAUGUCUAAAGAAUCCGUGUCUAUUAUCAAAGGGUUCCUUACCAAACACCCUGCAAAGCGUCUUGGCUGCUCGGAUAACGGAGAGUUUGAGAUCAGAGAUCAUUUAUUCUUCAGACACAUUGACUGGGUUAAACUAGCAUCUAGAGAAGUACAACCGCCAUUUAAACCGAAAAUCAAAUCAAAGCGUUCUUUCGACAAUUUUGAUCCAGAAUUCACAGACGAAGCAGCGCGCCUGACGCCUUGUGAUAAGUCCUUCAUAGCGAACAUCAACCCGAAAGACUUCGAAGGCUUCUCGUACGUUAAUCCUGAUUUCGAAACCACCGAAGGGGAAAUCAAUCUUUAAUAAUUCUAACAAUUUAUUCCGAGAAAUCUUUCAUUUAGCUCUAGCCUUAGGAUCUUUCUAUUAGUUCAUGAACAUAUUGGGGGGUUUGAUCACCCUUUUCACCAAUCAGAUAGAAGUAUUUAUACUCGAUAUAGAAAAACCUUGCCCUGCUUAAAGUGUAAUGAUUGGGAUACCUGUGGUGAGGCAGAUGGAGACGACAAUUGUUCCUUGAAUUGACGUGAAGGGGUAAAAAUGCAAAGUUGGGCUUCCUGUAUUUCGCAUUCUAGUUCGACAAAUUUCAAAGAUUUACGCGAUCCCUGCAUAGGACUACAAGUACCAGGAUGCUUUGCGUUCGUAUAUCUAUUUAGUUUCGAUAGACAUUCUGAGAUUUAGUUAUAGUUGGCCCAUUUAAGGUCACGUGACUUUUUCAAUUUUUCGUGUGUUUUUUUUGUACCCAUUAGAGAAAUGAAACUAGGGCGUCCCAUAAUCCUUUCAGGACUAGCGUUUCCAAGGCAACAUGUUGAGAUUUUAUCUACACAUUUUAAUCCUAUUCUUGACUAGGAAUCUUAAAAGUAUGUGGAUGUUUAUAGGGCAGAUUAGAAUCACCAGUUUGGGAGUUCUCCAAGGUUCAUCACUGGGACUUGAUUUUGCCGAAAUUUAGGCUGGGAAAUUAAAUGGGAAUUCCGAAAUUCCUGCAACGAGCAUCCACGUGCGACAGAAAAUUAGUGAACUCUUUGCGUUUUCACUUCAUGUAAUACAACUUAUAAUGCAUCGAUAAAGAACUUGAGAAACUAACACACGUCAAGUAAAUGACAUGGAGUAGUGACCAGGCUGCUGGUAUUUUAUGUUAAAACGUUGCGUGAUAUGAACAACUCGCUAUGAAUCAUGGGAUACGGAGAAUGGGUUGAGCUUAUUCCCUACCCACUUCUCCCCUGCUAACCACAAAUCUGUAGGUAAUUAAUCAAUAUAUUUAAACUCUAUCUAGCUUAAUUGUCAGAGAAUUCAUAAAUGAUGAUGCUAUACUUAUUAAUUAUUAAGGAUUAUUCGUCAUGUGUUUAACAUUGUGAACCUGGGCUCAAGCUGCUACCCCAUCUAUGGAUUGUUUUUAAUCCUAUAGGUUCCCGCUAUCUUUAAAACGUGGCGAAUGACGAAAGAUGUUUCACACAAGGUGUAAUUUUAUUAGUUAAGAGGGACGUUAAAAGAAUAUGUAGUUCGGUUUUACAGUGGUUUUAAUUUAUUAAAUUCUUUAGUUAACAGAUCAAAAACAUUUCGUGUAGGGUCACGCGGCCGUAGUCUCGCUCCAAGUCUUGCUCGCUCAUUUCUAACCGUUAUAGUUAAAACUAUUAAUAAGGAUCACUUCGGGUACAUUUUGUAUAGCGUUUAAAGUGUCCAACUGCUUAAAAACACCAAAAGAAUGCGAAAAAUUUUCUUUGCGCAGUAAAUCCGUUCAAGAAGAAAAUAAAAUAAAAUAUCUUUUUGUUAGCCAUUCUGAGGUUGAGGAAAAUAUCUGGGUCGAGUUGGCAUUGCAAUUGUGGGACUGUUUUAGGAGACGAAAUAGACGCAUCUAGAAAAUAUGCGCCUUAAAAGUCCCAGAAUGCACUGUAAUGACUAAUCCACCCAGUUUUUAUCUCGUCCCGGAAGUCCUUUUUCCGUACGAUUGCCCUUAAACUUAAAAACUCUAUCGCGGAUCGAGCAAGGCUUGGAGUAAUUCUUCAAUGUAGUGAAUGAACUGUGUAUAUAAAUCAAUAUCAUAUCAAUUAUAGUGACUAUCACGUGACUAAGUCAACUGUAGACUCGUUUUGAGCUCAAAUCAGUAAACAAACUGAAAAUACA